AUAUAUAAUCAUAUACCAGGGAGACAAGACAGCGGAUAUACAGUGAGACGACAGCUCCAGUCGCCAAGACGCAAGAUGAAGAGCAUCCUUGUUUUCCUGUGUUUUCUGUGUAUCACAGUUGCUGGAGUUUUUGGCGCAGGAGGAGGGAGCUCCGGAACACAUAGCCAGCCAUCAAAUACAGGAGGAGGGAGCUCCGGAACACAGAGCCAACCAUCAAAUACAGGAGGAGGGAGCUCCGGAACACAGAGCCAACCAUCAAAUACAGGAGGAGGGAGCUCCGGAACACAUAGUCAACCAUCAAAUACAGGUAGCGAUGGAAAAAACAGCACAACACCAAAGUCAGGCACUGGAUCCAUCGGACACGGUUUAUCUCCCCUUAUACUGAUGUGUGGAAUCCUAGCCAAGCUGUUUCUGAGUGCAUGAUUGGGAUAUUUCAAACACAAAGUGUGUCAUCCUGAUAAAUAUACCAAAUACAUCACCCUUUGAACGAAAUGACGGAUGACAUCGUUCAAUGUUUACGUUUUACAGUCUGGUGUUACGAAAAUGACUGUGUUUCUUUAUUUGAUUAUAGAUCAAUUUUUAUUUAUUCUUCAUAUCAAAAUUAUACAUUAUAUUGCGGGAUAUUUUUGGAGUAAUCAGCAAACUCAUUUCAAUAUAUCUCCCACAAAUCAAAAUUAUCUAAAACAUUUUAAAAUCUAAACGGAAUUAAGUGGUUUAUAAAAGUAAAAAAAAUUCUUUUGUUAAACCAAUAGUCUAAGAAAUGACUGUGCGAUGCGUUUUUUAUGAUUUAUGAAUGGAUGCUUACACAGUUCUAUAGCAGUUGAAUCACAUAUGAUAAUUCAACAAGUUUGCAAGCAUUGAAACACAUUUGUGCAAUGUGAUGAGCUGCAAUUCUGAAUCGUUUAUAUAAUGUGUCUAUUUAAUUUAUUUAUGUAUUUUGAUAGCUAAUUCAUUGUCGCUGUGUUGUUAUAAAUAAAUAUGCACAUGUGCA